UCUUACAAACACGUCAAAAUGGCCGUUGCUAUGCGUCAAUCGUGCGGCCUGCGUGCCACCGCGGCACGGCGCCAGGUUCCCCUGGGCCUGGCCCGCGUCUCCACUGUUCGCGUUUGCGCGAUGGCUGAGAAGAAGGCUCAGGUGAUCAGCCCAGUGAACGGUGACCCGUUUGUGGGUAUGCUGGAGACCCCCAUUACCUCGUCCCCCAUCAUUGCCAGCUACCUGAGCAACCUGCCGGCUUACCGCACCGCCGUUGCCCCGGCGCUGCGCGGUGUGGAGAUUGGUCUUGCCCACGGCUUCCUCGUGGCUGGUCCUUUCAUCAAGCUGGGCCCCCUGCGCAACGUGCCCGAGACUGCUGAGAUUGCGGGAUGCCUGUCGGCCGCUGGCCUGGUGCUCAUCCUGGCGCUGGCUCUGUCCAUCUACGGCUCAGCUCAGUUCCAGUCCGCGCCUAAGCUUGGUGUGAAGACGCUGUCUGGCCGCAGCGUGGAGCGGGACCGGCUGUUCUCCGCUGAGGGCUGGGCUGAGUUCGCCUCCGGCUUCCUGGUCGGUGGGGAGGCUGGCGUCGCGUGGGCCUACGUGUGCACCCAGUUCCUGCCCUACUACCAGUAAUUACGGCACUGCCGUACAAUUGGCGGUGCCGUACGUUUCCCUCCGUACUUCCUCUUCAGCCCUCCUGAUGAGCCAUAAGUGGAUUUGGAGCGGCGAUGUGCAUUUGCUGAUGUGCUCGUGGCAGCAACAUUAGCCGCAGCAGCAGCGGAGUGGGAGGAGCAGCGGAAGAGGAGCAAAAAUGCAUUUUUGUUUUUGAGCCGUUUUGAGAAGUGAGGAGGAGGUUGUUGUUAAACUUUAGACUUGAGAAGAAGAUUUACCCCUAAGCAGUGCUCUGGAACUGCCUUGUGUGUGUGCGCGUGGAGUGAAGGAGUGGAUUUGUAAGACCCCUGGUCAGCGCCGCUCUGUACAGCAGGGAUUGGCGGUCGAAGCCACUUGACGUGGCAGCAUAACUCGUACGGGCUUA